AUGUUCAAGUCAGUUAUUUACUCAAUUCUAGCCGCUUCUCUGGUUAACGCAGGUACCAUUCCGUUAGGAAAGUUAUCCGACAUAGACAAGAUCGGUACCCAAAAAGACAUCUUCCCAUUCUUGGGUGGUGCUGGGCCAUACUACUCUUUUCCUGGUGAUUAUGGUAUUUCUCGUGACUUGCCUGAAGGUUGUGAAAUGAAACAGGUUCAAAUGGUUGGUAGACAUGGUGAGAGAUAUCCAACUGUUAGCAAAGCUAAGACAAUCAUGAAAACAUGGUAUAAGUUGACUAACUACACUCGCCAAUUCAACGGCUCAUUGUCUUUCUUGAACGAUGACUACGAAUUUUUCAUCCGUCACGACAGCGAUUUGGAAAAUGAAACCACGUUUGCCAAUUCAGAUGAUGUUUUAAACCCAUAUACUGGUGAGAUGAAUGCUAAGAGACAUUCCCGUGACUUCUUGGCGCAAUACGGUUACAUGCUCGAAAACCAGACCAGUUUUGCUGUUUUCACCUCUAACUCUAAGAGAUGUCAUGACACCGCUCAAUAUUUCAUUGAUGGUUUAGGUGACCAAUUCAAUAUCUCCUUGCAAACUGUUAGCGAAGCCAUGUCUGCCGGUGCCAACACCUUGAGUGCUUGUAACUCAUGUCCUGCUUGGGACUAUAAUGUCAACGAUGACAUUUUGGACAAAUAUGACACCACCUACUUGGGCGACAUUGCCAAGAGAUUAAACAAGGAAAACAAGGGUUUGAACUUGACCUCAACUGACUCUGAUACUUUGUUUGCAUGGUGUGCUUACGAAUUGAAUGCUAGAGGUUACAGUGAUGUCUGCGAUAUCUUUACCAAAGACGAAUUGGUCCGUUACUCUUACGGCCAAGAUUUGGAAACUUUUUACCAGCAAGGUCCAGGUUAUGACAUAAUUAAGUCCGUCGGUUCUAACCUGUUCAAUGCUUCAGUGAAAUUGUUGAAGCAAAGUGAAAUUCAAGAUCAAAACGUUUGGUUGAGUUUCACCCACGACACCGAUAUUUUGAACUAUUUGACCACCGCUGGUAUAAUCGACGACAAAAACAACUUGACCGCUGACUACGUCCCAUUCAUUGACAACACUUUCCACAGAUCCUGGUACGUUCCUCAAGGUGCCCGUGUUUACACCGAAAAGUUCCAAUGUUCUAACGGUACCUACGUCAGAUACGCCAUCAACGACGCCGUCGUACCAAUUGAAACCUGUUCCACUGGUCCAGGGUUCUCUUGUGAGGUUAACGACUUCUACGACUACGCUGAAAAGAGAGUGGCCGGUACUGACUUCCUAAAUGUUUGUAACGUCAGUAGCGUCAGUAACUCCACGGAAUUGACCUUCUUCUGGGACUGGAACACCACUCACUACAAUGCCAGUUUACUAAGACAGUAG